AACCUUUAUGGUUUCGGGCUUUCGGCUCUUUCGAGUUUUGGGUUCUGCAAAUCGCAAUAAACGGGAGAGAGGCGCAAGGAUUUUGCUCGUACUUUCAACUCCCAGUUCUGGUCAUUCUCAUAAUAUUAACACAUUCAAAUGCAUUACAAGAAAGAGCCUUGCAGAAACUUUCAGCGUGGCAGCUGUCAGUAUGGUGAGAGGUGCAAAUUUCUUCAUGUGAUUCAGCAGCAGCCAAAGUCUAAUUCCUUUGGAUUUGGCACUCAAGCUAUCUCACACCAACAACAAAAGCCAAAUCCUUUUGGGUUUGGUGUUCAGAAUAAUGCUCAGCCAAAAGCGGCCAACGAUUUUGGAAAUAAACAGAACCAUGUCAAGAAUACAUGGACACGAUCUUCUGCCAGCAGUGGUGCCCCUUCAUUGCGGCAGCCUGAUAAUCAGCCUCAGGCAACAAAUCAUAAGUGCACAGAUCCUGAGUCCUGCAAACGCAUCAUUCUUGAAGAUUUUGAGCAUGAGAAACCCCUUUGGAAGUUUACAUGCUACAGCCAUUGGAAAAAUUCCCCUUGUGACAUCGUUGGUGAUGUAAGCCAAGAAGAAUUGCGGGCAGCAGCAUAUGAUGAUGCAAAGCAUGGGUUAAGCUUGCAAUCAAUUGUUGACAGAGAGAGGAAUUUACUCAAUUCAAAGUUAAUUGAGAUUGAAAACUUUCUUCGUAAUCCCUAUAAAGGGCCGGUUGGCUCUACUCUGGCCCAACAAAUCCCAUUUCCCAGGGCCAUGGCAACUGUAUUUUCUCCAACAGCUCAAAAUAGUGCCACUCAAACUAAUUUCCCUCCUUCAGUCUCCAGUUUUAGUCAGCUGGGUGCUUCACUUUAUACAGGAUUCCCAGUGAGGUCAUCUGUACAGUCAAAUAAUGCCUUUGGGCAACCAAUUUCUUUCUCAAAUUCUGCCCAAUCCUCAAGUGUAUUUGUAACAGGCAAUGUUCCAUCGGCCAAUGCCUUUUCAUUUGGUAGCCAACAAUCUAACCAGUCAGUAGCAGCUUCUUCCACAACAAACACAGCUAGCUUCACCAACAGUAGCAUCACUAGUACUGCACAUAAGCAAUUUUCUGCUGUGGCAGUAUCAACACAAAACUUCAGUUCAUCCAGCUUCCAGCCACCUGCUCUGUUUGAUGUCUCAAUCUCAAAUUCUAAAGCAGAUGGACAAGCCACUAAAGAUGUUCAGUUAGGAAAUAACUUGCUAAGGAAGAUUGUUUCUGGGGAUUCAAGUAUUUGGUUAAAAGAGAAAUGGAUUCCAGGAGAGAUUCCUGAAGAAGCUCCUCCCGAUGCUUAUGUUUAGUUGGAAUUCAUGUGAGAACAAUGUAAACUUUAUAAAAAUGUGUAGAAAGCAUGCUGAUUGUGGGCUGUAGGCGUCACCUGCAAGCGCCAUCAGAUGUUGAUCCUGCAUGCUGAAGAUGGUUGCCGCUUACUAUUGGCAAAUUUUCAUUGUGCUGAGUUGCAACAGAACUGCUUGUCCCCUUUGACAACCAUAUUUUGGUUCGUCAAUUUCCUCACUGGAGGGUUCAUUUGCUGGUGUAGUGUGCGUUGGAAGAGGGAGAUACUAGGCCAUUUUAGGCUGACUGAAUUGGUAAGUGGGUGGGAGUAAGAAAAGUUACAAAAAUGAUUUCUUUGGCAUGAUGUUGUGAAAACUUUUUUCAUUUCUUGGCUCUGCUUUUAACAACUUGUGGAAAAGAAAAUUGUUAUGGAUAUAUCUGCCAUGUAUACCAAGGCUUGAACUGGCAAGGAUAGGUAUGAUGGAAAACAUCUUCCAGUUGUAUAGAGAUGCUAGUAUUUGUUAUCUGAACUGUGUGAAUUAGCCAAGAUUUGGUUUGAUAUUCGCCUAUAGAAUUUAUUCUAGUGUAAAAUGAAAAUAAACUAUAUCAUUAUAGGUUGAAUAAUCCGAAUGAUUAUAUUAAUUAAGGAUCUGUUUGGCACAGCGUUGAGAUUUUUUGUGGUUCUAAAAUAAUAGUGGGGACGAGAUUGUUAAUUGUAAAUUUCAGACUAGAAGCUUUAAUGUACGUUGUAACAGUAAAGAGUAAAAAAGGAUAAUGUCUGUUUUGUAAAAGUAAGCAUGAAUUCAAUUCAAGAGUGAAAAGAAAAAA